AUGGCAAAAACUUCUGAAAGCUUCUUGCAACUUGCUGCACAACUAAGAUCUCCCCGUUAUAUUUCUGCUUCUCUUGUCGAGACAGCGUCGAUAGAACCAAAAAUCGUUGAACACACGUCUCCGUCCUCGAUAACGUCGGAGUUCCAUAGCUUUCACCACAGGAUCAAGGCUGCAGUGCUGCUAUCACGGCCACCCAUUUUGACCCGCGAUCUCACUCCGUUUGAGAAAGCCUAUUUUUUGUACCAGCGUCGCCUCAAUGAACGCCUCGCUCUUCCAUUUACUCGAUACUUCUAUUAUCAGAAGGGCACUCCUGGGGACGUAGAAUGGAAGCGAAAAGUUAAGGGACGCUUGACGCCAGCAAGGGAUAUUGGACGAUUUAGCGGCUAUGGAACGGACGCUUGGAACGAUGAGUUGCUGGUUGGAGAUGGUGUCAGCGAGCCACAGGAGCAGGUCAAAGCCUUAAUCAGAGAUGCGGAAGAUAAGGAAGACGGCAGUACGGCGGGGGGUAGGAAAAGAGACGAGCUUAUCGAGAAGCCUUCGGAAAGGGUGACAAAGGCAGAUCGAACAUCUGACCUGAAAAGUCUUAAUCGAUCUUUGACGAGGACUUUGUAUCUUGUCGUAAAAAUGAAACAGGGAGCAACCCGUGGAGAAUGGGUGCUUCCUGAGUGUGCUAUCGAAGGCAAAGAGAGUUUGCAUAUGGCCGCUGAGCGCCUGCUAGUCCAAACGGGAGGUAUCAACAUGAAUACCUGGGUUGUUGGCAACAUGCCGAUUUGCCACCAGGUCUAUAAUUAUCCGCAAAGCAUCAUUGACGAAAUCUCUGGAGCCGGUACGCGGGGAGAGAAAAUUUUCCUUAUGCAGGCACGGAUCAUGGGAGGUAGGCCAGACCUUCGGGCUAAUAAGCUGGGAAUAUUGGACUUCCAGUGGUUGGACAAGGAAGAGGUACAAAAGACCUUACUUUCACAGGACUUUGCAGCUGUCAAGAACGUGCUCGCCGAUCGAUAG